AUGGCACCUCCCAGCAAGAGGGAACACUCGCCCGCACCGGUUGCAUCGUCGUGCACCGCUCAACCGCUGCUGGUCUCGCCCCCGUCAAGCAAGAAGGCUCGCAUCGAUGCCGCUACGAGUGCUUCAGCUUCCACCUCGAAGCCACCCAUCAUGGCCAAUGUGGUCGCCACAGACGAGUUCGAGACCGAGGCCAAGACGACCGUGCCUGUAGCUGGAUCAGGCGCAGCUCAAGCUGACGGCGAGGGCGACGACAAGCCGGGUCAAGGGCUUAUUCUGACUCAUGCUGUGAGUGUAGUGGGGCUAGACUGUGCUCAAGUACACUACUGAUCGUUCCAUCACUCACUCACUGCCAGGUGCGCCACCAAGUCGCGCUCCCCCCUUCGUACGCUUACGUUCCCAUCGCCUCGCACGUCCCGCCCGCCGAACCCGCCCGAACGUAUCCCUUUGAACUCGAUCCGUUCCAAAAAGUGUCCAUCGCCUCGAUCCAACGCAACGAAUCCGUGCUCGUUUCCGCUCAUACUUCGGCGGGAAAAACCGUCGUCGCCGAAUAUGCGAUCGCGCAGUGCCUCAAGGCGGGCCAGAGGGUCGUGUAUACCAGUCCGAUCAAGGUGCGUCUAGGAAUGAGCACCGUACGAGUAGGGUUGGAUGUUUACUGACCCCACUCUCCUCGGUGUUACAGGCUCUGUCGAAUCAAAAGUACCGAGAGAUGCUCGCCGAGUUUGGGGACGUCGGGCUCAUGACGGGCGAUGUCACCAUCAAUCCGACCGCGUCGUGCCUCGUCAUGACCACAGAGGUGAGCACAUGAAUCCGUACUCGGUCAACUCCUACAUACAUCGAAUUGACAUGCACACCCCACUGUUGCAGAUUCUCCGAUCGAUGCUCUAUCGCGGUUCCGAAAUCAUGCGCGAGGUCGCCUGGGUCAUCUUUGACGAGAUCCACUACAUGCGCGACAAGGAACGUGGUGUCGUCUGGGAAGAGACCAUCAUUCUCCUACCCCACACGGUCCACUACGUCUUCCUCUCCGCAACGAUCCCGAACGCGAUGGAGUUUGCCGAAUGGAUCUGCGCGACUCAUCAACAACCUUGUCAUGUCGUUUAUACCGAUUUCCGACCCACCCCUUUGCAGCACUACCUUUUCCCUGCGGGCGGGGACGGGAUACAUCUUGUGGUCGAUGAAAAGGGCGCGUUCAGAGAGGACAACUUUCAAAAGGCGAUGGGAGCUUUGGCAGAAAAGGCGGGGGAAGAUCCUGCUAGCUCGACGGGGGGAAAGGGGAGAAAGGGGCAGACCAAAAAGGGGGGUCCGAAAGGUCAGUUCAUGUGAGCGAGCGCAGCGUCGUUUGGGUACGCGAUUGACAUGUUGUCAAAAACAGGCCCGACCGAUAUCUUCAAAAUUGUCAAGAUGAUCAUGGUCAAAAACUACAACCCCGUUAUCGUUUUUGCCUUUUCCAAGCGCGAAUGCGAGGCCCUGGCCUUGCAAAUGACCAAACUCGAGUUCAACACCGAGGACGAACGAGGCAUGGUCACUUCCGUGUUCCAGAACGCGAUCGCGAACCUCUCAGACGACGAUCGACAACUACCUCAGAUCGAACAUAUCCUACCCUUGUUGAAGCGAGGGAUCGGAAUCCAUCAUGGUGGUCUCUUGCCCAUCCUCAAGGAAGUGAUCGAGAUCUUGUUCCAAGAAGGCCUGAUCAAAGUUCUCUUCGCCACCGAGACCUUCUCCAUCGGCCUCAACAUGCCCGCCAAAACCGUCGUCUUCACCUCCGUGCGCAAAUACGACGGCCGGGACUUUCGCAACCUCUCAGGAGGCGAAUACAUCCAAAUGUCCGGACGCGCAGGACGACGUGGCUUGGACGACCGAGGUAUCGUCAUCAUGAUGACCGACGAGAAAUUGGAACCUGCCGCGGCGAAAUCGAUGGUCAAGGGCUCGGCCGAUAGGCUGGAUUCGGCGUUCCAUCUGGGGUAUAAUAUGAUCCUCAACUUGAUGAGGGUCGAAGGGUUGACGCCCGAGUAUAUGUUGGAGAGGUGUUUCUUCCAGUUUCAGAAUGCCGCGAAUGUGCCACAUUUGGAGGAUGGUGAGUGACGAGUCGGAUCAAGUCCGUAGGGCCGAGACCAGGCGCUGAUAAAUCGUGUUCUUGAACGUGACCAGAGUUACGAGUGCUGGACGAACAAAAAGCAGAGAUCGUUAUCCCCGACGAGGACAACAUCGCCGACUACUAUGAUUUACGUCAACAACUCGACCUGCUCAACAAGGACCUCCGCGACGUCCUGAACCACCCUACCUAUGCGCUUCCCUUCCUCCAACCAGGUCGAUUGGUUCGCGUCAAGCACGACGACCUCGACUUUGGCUGGGGUUGCGUCGUCAACUACCAGAAACGACUCGGUCCCUCGGGAAAACCACUUCCCGCCGACGAACCUGCUCAGAACCAAUACAUCGUUGACGUCCUACUCAAUUGUGCCGUCGGUUCGACCCCCGGCCCCACCAAAAAAGGUCAAGCCGCUUCAACGACCUGGAUCCGACCCUGUCCCCCAAAAGAACAAGGCGAAUUCGCCGUCGUUCCCGUUCUACUCUCCACCCUCGAUGGUAUUUCGCAUAUCAGGAUCUUCCUCGCCAAGGAUCUGAAACCUGUUGAGGCUAGACAGCAGGCUUGGAAGAGUGUUCAAGAGGUCAAGAGGAGGUUCCCGGAUGGGGUGGCGUUGUUGGACCCGGUGCAGAAUAUGGGUAUUACGGAUGAACCGUUCAAGAAGUUGUUGAGGGUGAGUUUGAAGCCGUAGGCUUGGCAAUCGAAGCAGGAAGCUGUGAUGAAUGCGAGCGAGCUGACGUGUUGUCGAUUUCCUUCGUCGUGUUGCAGAAAAUCGAGAUCCUCGAAGCGCGAUUGGUCAGCAACGCCUUGCAUUCCGAUCCCAAUCUGUCGACCCUCUACGACCAAUACGCCUCCAAGCAAUCCGUGCAAACGCAAAUCCGUUCUUUAAAAAAGCGUAUCCAAGCCGCGCAUUCGGUCAUGCAUCUCGACGAACUCAAGAACCGUAAACGGGCUCUACGUCGAUUGGGCUUCGCGUCGAACGAGGACGUUGUCGAACAUAAGGGGAGGGUCGCGUGCGAGAUCAGUUCGGGCGACGAGUUGUUGUUGACCGAGAUGGUGUUCAAUGGCGUGUUCAACGAAUUGACGCCGCAGCAGACAGCGGCGCUGUUGAGUUGUUUCGUCUUUGAUGAAAAGGUAUGAAUGCCUCUUUUCCGAUCUGUGCGUUCGAAACGAACGGCGAUAUUGAUCUGGGGACGUGUGCGAGUCAUACAGAGCGAACAAACGAGUAAACUCAAGGAGGAGCUUUCGGGCCCUUUGAGGGUCAUGCAAGAAGCCGCGAGGAGGAUCGCAAAGAUUGCCAUCGAGUCCAAGUUGCCUUUGGUUGAAGGCGAGUGGAGACUUGAAAGGAAUUACUGGUACACGUGUAGGGGUGCUGACCCAAGCUGUUCUUGGUGGGGUCAGAUGAGUACGUCGCCUCGUUCAAACCCGAAUUGAUGGACGCCGUCUUCUCGUGGUGCAACGGCGCGAAAUUCUCCGAGAUCUGCAAGGUCCGUUCUUCUGCUUGACCAUUGUGGCUUUUUUCUUGGUGAUGCGGUGCUGCUUUGUAUGUUGACUUUGGAUUGAACGCGCGUCAUCAGAUGACGGACGUCUUUGAAGGCUCGCUCAUCCGCGUGUUCCGAAGGUUGCAAGAGCUGAUUCGACAGAUGUCGAUGGGUAAGUUUCUAGGAUUCGGUACACUUUUCGAAACAGGUCGUAUCCCUGACGCCAUCAUGCAUCCCCUGUACUCUUUGUAGCCGCCAAAGCGAUCGGUUCGGAAGAGUUGGAGAAGAAGUUCCUCGACGCGCUCGCUUGCCUCGAGAGGAGCAACUCGGUUGCGUUCGCGGCCAGUUUGGUACGUCCCUUAUCUCCCUGGUUUCAUAUUUUGAAACGUCCAGGAGAAGCUGUUACUGACUAUCGGCUUUGGAUCGGGUUUCUUUUACUUUCAUACUGCAGUAUCUAUAA